AUGGAAGUUAAACUGGAUGUACCACUCCCCUUCCGGAUGAAGGACCUGCUGAGACUCGUACAGGAGACAGUUGAAGGUCCUGAUGGAAUUCAGUUCAAUACCAUCACCGUGGAACCUGCAACCACCGGGAAGGAACAAAGACCUCCAUGCCGAGGUAAAGUUCUCUUUGUUCACGGAUGGUGUGAACACGUUGGAAUGUACUAUCGAAUCAUGGAAACCUUGGCGGACCAGGGAUUCGAAUGCCAUGCAUUCGACCAACGUGGGUCGGGGAAGACCUCUUUGGGUAAAUAUAGAGGCCGUGUAGGACGUACCAAAGAAGUCAUUUACCGUGAUUUGGACUCAAUGAUUGAACAUUUUUUCUUUAAUAGUAGUCUGGAGGAGGGUGAAAAACAGGACUCACACAUUCUUGUAGGCCAUUCUAUGGGCGGUGGGAUUGCUCUCAACUACGCAGUCCACGGUAAAUAUCGUAAUGAACUAACUCAUGUCAUCACCACUGGUCCCUUAGUUCUGGUGCAUGCUUCCGUUCUCCCCUCUCCAUGGUUUGUAUAUCUUUUGGGCACUGUAGCGUCAUGGUUCCCCAACAUGACAUAUCUGACAUGCAAUGGGCCCACCACCACCACAAGCUCACCGUACUGGAAGGAGUACCUUGGCACCGAGCUUCUUUGCCAAGGAUUGGGUACGCUUGGCCAAUUGAGCAACAUGCUUUCUAGAGGACAUGACUUACUCCAUGGCGACAUUUCCACCAUCAACCCAAACGUGAAGCUUUUGGUUUUACACGCGGAACAUGACAACUACACCUGUAUCAAGGCACUGGAACAAUUUGUAAAUAGAGUCGAUUUAAAACACAAGGAGUUUCAUAAGGUUGAAGGAGCAUGUCAUUCAUUAUUCAUUGAGAGUGAUCCCAUAUACAACAAGGUUUCUGAGAAGAUCAAUGUCUUCCUAGCUGACGUGUAG